AUGGCAUCAAAAAUUUUGUCUGUCUCCGAGCUUCGCAGGGCAUCAAAAUUGCCUGCAACGUCUUCAGCCUAUCCGUCAUUUUCGGCAACCACCUCGAUCUCGCCCAUCCGUGAGUUCGAACAACAAGGUUACGAUGCAUCUACGAGAAUCCCCGUUCAAGACCAUCUCGAAGCCGAAGGUCAACGAGUUCGGGCGGAAUUGGAAGAGUUGGAACGAGAGCUUGCCAUCAUGCGGCAGGGUCCCUUUGGGCCCCAAAGCGAAUUUAUGCAGUCCUUGCCUUCAGAUGAGAGAGAGGCGCUUUUGAAAGCACUAGAAGACGAAGGAGUCAUGCCCCCUGAGGAUCCUGAGUUGAUCACCGAUGAAGAACUCGAGGAGCUGGCGAAAGCAGAACAGGGCAUUGAACGGACCGCAAGUUCCACGAGCCCACUGAAAGUCACGUUGGGCAUUCCCUACAAGGACAAAAUUUAUGUCAAACGGUUCAAUGCGGCACUGAAAGAAGCUCAGAGCCCGGGAGCUGAUGACAAAACCUACUUCGCAUUGUGGAAAUGGUAUUUGAGAUGCCAACAACAUGUAUCGAAUUUCUCCGUCAUUCUUCCAGAGGAUGUCUGGCAUUUUCUCUGGAAAUCGCAAAGCUCAAAAUAUUACAGGCCUAAACACCUUCAGAUGCUCGGCGGAGACAUGAUCAAAGUUGACGUGCCGCUGGAAGAUUCCGAAUGGCUUGGGUACAUUGAUGCCCUGCACGCCAAUGGGGAUAUUGCUGCUGCUACCGAGACUUGGGAAGCUCAAAGGUCUCGGCUAGGCGUUAAGGAAGAUAUCGCCAAAAUGUUCUGGACAAUGGGCGUCCGCCUCUAUGUUGAUCUUGGAAGACCUCGGAAGGCUCAAUCCCUUGCAUUUGAGUGCUAUGAGCAUACUACUAUGAUCGACCCGGAAGUUUUCGUCUCUGUAAUUUCAGCCUGGGCGAAAAGUCAAAGCCCUUCUGCGGCCAACAACGCCUGGCUGUGCUAUUUGGAGUUACGACGAAGGCUGGAGAAUACCGAAGACCAUCAGACAACUUUGGCUAUCUUAGGUCGAAUCAGCAGCGCUUUGCUCCAUGCGGGCCGAAAGGAUCUUGCUCUGGCGAUUUUCAAAGACAUGUUCAUGCUCACAGUCCGAUCACCAACUGAUUCCUGGAGAAUUUUCCAACAAUUAGCCAAAGAAUCAAAAGUCCCGCCGUCGCCGAGUGAAGAUUUUAUCAAUCAGAUUGGCCUUACGUCCCUGGUGGUCCUUCCACGAUCGUUUCAAAAUAAAUAUUUCUUUGCGGCUUGGAUCAAAUGGCUCCUUGGAGAAAGCAAGGCCGACGAAGCGGCUCUGGUGGUCGAGUUGAUGUACGAACGAGGAGUUAAACCUGAUGCUCGACAUUUGAACGGUAUUGUGGCGGCAUGGUUGCGGGAAGGCUCCCCAGGUGCCCGUCGCAAGGCUGAGAAUACUGCGUGGGCAAUGAUUCAAUCUCGGAUUGAACUGGUUCAGAAACGACUUUCGCCAACAACGCCAACUGAGUCCAGCAAAUCAGAGAGAUUUAUUGAGACGACGCGAAUACCGUUCUUCCUUAGGAGAGGGGCACCACCGGCAACGAUCGAAACAUUUUCAAUCCUCCUCUUGCACUACACUCGGCGCUCAGAUUUUGUAAAGGCAAGUCAUCUUACCAAUGUCAUGACCACUUCCGCUCAGAUCAAACCUAAUUCGUUCAUCAUGAAUCACUGGCUGUAUGCUUCACUUCGAUCUGGGAAGAUCCCCGAUGUGUGGAAGAAAUAUUCGACGUUAAAGAAAACCAUUCCGCCCGAUCUUGAAACGUUUGCUGCGCUUUGGGACACCGCAAAGACUCACUAUGGCUCACCUGCCGCGCACAACAAGGAGUAUCCGGACGGACGGACUCUCUUUGCCGAAAUGCAAGAGUGGUUCCAAGCCCUCGACCCGAAGAAGAAAUCGACGGCUCAGGCCGAUUUCUCUUCUGACUUCUAUGAGCAAAUUAUACGAUGCUUCUGCCUCUCCUCUGACCCCCAAGGCACUCUUUGUGCUCUAUACGGGCUCCGGGAGUCCUUUAAUAUGCUACCACAUGAGGAGGUCGUGCGCUUGGUUAUCAUGCAAAUAGCUCGGUCGUUUCCGUCGGAUUUUGUGUCGCCUUCGUCUCGAGCAAAGGGCGUCCGGAGAAUGAAGAGCUCGCGAUAUCAGAGCGCAGUCAAGAGUCUGGCAGAAAUUGUCCUCGCGAUGACGGAUAAGAAAAUGCAUGAGAAAGGCAUCCGACCCUCGGACGUUGAGGAGAUCGAGAGCCGGCCCGCGCAGGAACUCAGGUUGGAUGUUCUAACGUCGUUUCUUUGCAUGGUGAUUGAGAGGAGGCUGAGAAUGGGGGUCAGCCUUGCUGAUGACGUCUCCCUCGUGGCCCAAGAGAUGAAGACGUCUGUUCCUCCCGAAGUCCUUGUACACCGCGACUGGAGUGAUACGGAGCUCUGA